CCUUCUCUCUCUCUCUCUCUCUCUCUCCCGUUCGGUGCGCUCUCGUUUGCUUAUAUCGACGUGUGAAGCCUGCUUAACGUUAAACGCAACCCCGGAGAGCGCACACACCGCACACGGCAUUCUCGUGAAGCCGCAGUUGCAAUAGAGAAGCGAAAACUUCUGGCUCGUGGUGAACGGGCGCUUCGUUUCCGUGAGCUCUGGAUAAAACAAAACGGAAGUACAAAUAAGUAAAGAAUUAAACACAACCGUUUUUGUGUGGCCACCGACACGGUUUGUUAGGACCGUGCUGGUACACUGUAGAGCAGUAUUAAGUUGACAGCUUGCGCCGUAAGGACAUUCGCCGACCAGGAUCAAACAAGCUCGGGAGCGUAGAGUGUGUGCAGUGCAAUCGAUUACAUUUUGCCGAGUGUCCUUAUGUGUAGUGUAGGAGUCAACGUUUGAUACUGUCAGCAAUACAGCUGACGGAAGAAAGGUGCAUUUCGCCGCCGUGAUGCGUGUGCAGUAGGUGCAUUGUGCAACAGUGAUGAUCGAUCCUGCAUUUCCAUUACCGUGCUUCUUAUCGAGUGGCAAACCAUAACAACAGUCCGUGUGUCCGUGGGUAAACACAACACAACCAAAGGAAACAUCGACGUGCAUAAACGACGCACCCAGCUUCGAGCUCAUCGAAUAAAACCGAGCCGUAAGCAAAGAGCAUCGCCAAAAUGAUAUCGAAUUAUGCGGAGCUGUUUCUCAUCUGUGCCAUCAUACUGAUGCCAAUAUUCUACGAAACGUCGAGCCGAUUCCGGUACUACUUUAAAUUCGUCGUCUACUACGGUGUCGUCAUACUGAACUCCUUCCUGCUGAUACCCGUCUUCCUGUUUCGGCCGUGCGAUGUGCGGAAUCUGAUAUUGGCGAGCAAAUUUUGCCGGCUAGCAUCACCGAUCGUCAGCAUCAAAUGGGAGGUUCGAGGUGCGGAACACAUGAGUGCCGAUCGUGCCAUGGUGAUGGUGGCAAACCAUCAAAGCUCGCUCGAUAUUUUAGGUAUGUUUGAUUUCUGGCACAUUAUGGACAAGUGUACGGUGAUCGCUAAGCGGGAGCUGUUCUUUGCCUGGCCCUUCGGUCUGGCCGCCUGGCUGUCCGGGCUCAUCUUCAUCGAUCGGCGGCAUCCGCAGCGUGCCCAAACGGCCAUGAACGAUUCAACCAAGAUGCUCAUCAAGAGGCGCACCAAGCUGUGGGUGUUUCCGGAGGGCACACGCCGCACCACGAACGAAAUUCACCCGUUUAAGAAGGGUGCGUUUCAUGUGGCCGUCCGCGCACAGCUACCGAUCCUCCCGGUCGUGUACAGCUCCUACCACACGUUCCUGGACGAUCGGAACAAGGUGAUGAAUCCGGGGCACGUGAUUGUGACCGCGCUGCCACCGAUCGAAACCAAAGGGCUCACCAAUGACGACAUACCGGAGCUUAUCGAGCGCACCCGGAACGCGAUGAUUGAAACGUUCAAAGCGACCACGAAGGAGGUCGAGAAUCGGUUCAAUCUUAGCGGACACGGAAUUACGCCCGCCAAAGGUACGGCGACGGUAAUUUCGCGCAUUGCAGCCGCCAUGCCCAGCACGGUGCGGACCGUGAGUGGCGGUGGUGGUGCCACCGUAGCGCCACCCGGCGUCACGUCCUUUAUUGAGCCCGAGCCGAGAAAAAUUGAAUCGCUCAUCGGGGGCGAUGCAUCACCGAUCAAGGAACCGACCGCCUACCGGCGCAAGGACGUACAACGAGAUUAGUUUUGGCCGUGACGCGUGCCAUUUGCUUUAAAUUGUGUAAGGCAGUAACAUGCAUUUCGGUUGCCACAAUUCAAAGAAGAUUUUAACUACAACGAGACACAGCAGAGGCUGCUGCAGCGCCCCAAAUUAGCGCGGGUAUUUUAAAUGGAGAAGUGGGUUGGUAGUUCGUAGACGGUCUCUCCUAGAGAGUGGAUAAGGGAAUACGAAGCUGCAAAGGCACGUUAUGUACCGCAGGAUAUAAAAGGAAAGGGAGGAACGAUUGAAAGCAAAAAAACGCUUACUAGCGCUACUAGGCUAGCCAUGGCGCAACUGCGGUAAAGCGUGAACAGUGAACCCGUGAAUGGAUGUGGAAAGGAGGUGAGCAAUUUGUGAGAUUAAUUUCGAUUAACCAAAAACCAAACAAAACCAAGCAAAACUGUGCCAUCAUCUCCACCUGGAAGCGCGAAGGAGGCACGUGUAGAGUGAACUUUCCAAAAACGUUCUACUCUAAAAAUUCCUCCCCCUUUUACCCGUUCUCCCCCUUUUCAUCUUCUCAUCGUGUUAAGAUUGGAAAAGCAAAAAACAACAAACCAACGCAAAAAGGCUUUAAGAGACACUCGUGAAACGGACAGACGAGUGGAAGUGGUGCAUUAAAUUAUUUUAUAUUUGUCUUAUUUGAUAUAGGAUUCGUGAAACCCACACAGGCAGGGACAGGGAAAAAUGAGUUAGGUCGGAAGGUAGUAUAAGCUCUGUCGAACGGUCUAGCGGUUGUUGUUUUGUUUUAUUUCUUAACGUUUGGUUUCCUUGUUUUACAUUCGGAUCUCGUUGCAACUGGGUGCGUGUGCGUGUGUUACUUGAACAUGUAAAAUGCUAGCUUCACGCAAACACCACCAACAAUCCCUUCGAGUAUCGGGCAAUGAGGGGCACCUCCCUUUUCCGGCCCCUGUAUGUAGGUAGUUGGCACGUUUUCCUCAUGCCGUUUGUGAUAGGAGACAGGCAACACGGUUUUGUACAGCUUCCAUACGCGCACCCCACUGGGUGCAAACUCUGGGACAGAGGCGAUGCGGGUUUGGGAGGUAGGCAUAAAAACAGCACAUAGCGUAAGCAAGCAAAAUGUGCCGUAUUAAUGAUAUUCAUUCCACAUUCGUUAAUAAUAAUUUGUGUAUAGUUUGCGUUCUUUAAUCGUGUAAUCAAAAGAUAUGGCCUGGGAUGUAUAAUUAAUGAUAAUAAAUCUGUAUUCGCAAUCA